UUUACUUACUCAUUCACCCAGUGGCUAACAGUGGAAGUCAGUAGCACCGUCUGUCACUCACCGGCGUCUGUAAAUGCGUGCCGAAACCUCACUGGGCCGGAAGAAGUUGUCACCGGGCUGACCCUGCGGGGUGGCCCCUGGCUCUUUGCGGCCUGUCCACACUACCUUGGUAUGGUCAGAGGUCGGACUGUCAUCUCUGAGGGUCCAGGAGGGCCUGUGCCGCAUCAGUACCUGUCCUCGAGGCAACCCGCAAAUGCAAGGGAAGCCAGCUGCUCUGAAGAGCCCCGUGUCCUGCGCAGAGAAGCCUGGCAGGGUGCAGGAACCCCCGGACAGCAGCCCCAUGGCUUCCGUCAGGCCAGGUGAGUGCACAGAGCUCCAGGCCAUGGGAGGAGGCUGUGAAGAGAGCCGUCCUGCAGGAACCAUGGCCCACGGCCAGGCCCUGGAGCCCCUCCUCUGGCCAGAAGGCUUGAAGGGCGAAGAGGGAAAGAAAUGCAGCCCAGAAGGGACGCUGCGUAGUAAGCGCAACCAGCAGUACCACAGGCUGUUCAGGGACAUCCCGUCGGAGGAGCUCGUCCUCAAAGUGUGCUCCUGUGCCCUCCAGAGGGACCUCCUGCUGCAGGGCCGGCUCUACAUCUCCUCCAACUGGCUCUGCUUCCACGCCGGCCUCUUCGGCAAGGACGUCAAGGUGGCUAUUCCUGUGGGGUCUGUGCAAAUGAUCAAAAAACACAAGAUGGCCCGGCUGCUUCCCAACGGACUGGCCAUCACCACCAACACCAGCCAGAAGUAUGUCUUUGUGUCCCUGCUGUCCCGGGACAGUGUGUAUGACAUGCUGAGGAGGGUCUGUACCCACCUGCAGCCUUCCAGCAAGAAGAGCCUGAGUGUGCGAGAACGCCCGGACGGCCCGGAGUGCACGGCCCUGGACGUCCUCAUCCCCGAGAUGAAGUGGAGGAAAGUGUGCCCUCCCUCCAGGUCCCUGUCCCUCCCAGCCGACAUCCCUGAGGUCCCUCGGCCAUCCAGGGACUCCACAGACAGCUUCUUCCCCUGCAGGAGGCCUCCAGGGUCCGAGGAGGGCGCUGUCUGCAAGGACGAGCUGGAGGAGGAGGCCCCGGGCGACGGGGUGCCGAGGCUCUGGGACUUCCUGCUGCUCAAGGUCGUCUUUGUGCUGAUCUGCUGCUUGGUCACGUCCUCGUGCUACCUGGCGCUCCGCAUCUCACAGCUGGAGCGGCAGCUGUGCGCCUUGAAUCUGAACGGCCCCGGCCCCGGGCACAGGUAACAGCUCCCUGGCCUUGGCCAGCUCCUCCGGAAGAACGCUCUGGGUGCUCAGUCUUCACCAGGAACGCCCUGGCCCGGACCGAGUGCGAGGGCACCUGUUCCAGACCCGCCUCGCCCAGCUCUCCUCCCCCACGGCAGCUCCAGUAGCUGCUUAGAGUGUGGCUCCGACAGCUUGUGAACUCAAACGAAGCUUGAGGUUUUGGAACCAGCUGAGGAAUUCUGUACACUCAGCUUCAGCCGCCACUUACAGGAGAAGAAAAGCACACUCGCUCCUUGGAGACAGCUCUGGCACCUGAGCCGAGGGCCGGGCGCCUCCAGGGGCAGGCCAGAAACAAACACUGGGUCUGAGUGUCACUGUCCUGCAGCCCCAAGGCUCUUCUGUAGGGAGCCAGGCACCUGCCAGGACUCAGGCAGGGCCCUGUGGGGCUGUGAGUGUCAAGGGCUGCUGGCCAGGAGUCCAGCAAGAGGGGACUUUUCACAUCCUAGACUGAGGCUCUGCGCUCCCUCACAGGAGGCUGCCAGUCCCCGGGAAGAUGCUGCCUGCAACAGGGGAUGGUGGCAGGGACCAUGAGACGGAAGGCCCCAGAAUUCCAGGUCCCCACUGUCACUGCUUGGGGUGAUGGACAGAACAGGGCCUUGGGUCACCGCAUUUACAGACCUGGCACUCACCCGGGCCCUCAGACACAUCCCAGGUGUCCCAGGCCCUCGUGGUGGGAGUGGGAGGGAGGCAGUGAGCCAGGACUCCCAUCUGACUGCCGGACCCGAGGCAUGGCUGGCGGCAUCCUGUCGGGAGGCUUGACUGGGCAGCCAAGGGUGACAGCGUUGGGCCGUCACGGGGCCGAGCUCACGCAUGUCAGCAUCACCCGUAGUCAGAGCGAUGAGCCAGCGUGCGAGUCCUCGUCUUCAGGAGGUGUGUUCACUGUGAAUAGGUGCAGGGGGACCUGGUUGUGUCGGGACCAGGCCAGGGUCUGACACCUUGGGACACAAAGAGGGAGAGCAUGAGGAAGGCGGGCAUCGUGGUGGCUUUACCUUGGCGAUUCCACCCCCCCUGUCGGGCUCUAUUCUGAAAAGCUUUGGUGUCCCAGAACUGGGGCCUGACCCCUCUGGGAUGCCCACCCACUAAGACGGUGCCUUCAGGGACUUGGGAGGGACCUGAGUGGGGAGGCCAGAGUGUCAGUGAGGGGCAGGUAGUGAGAGGUGAAUCCGGGCCCAAGUAGAAGGGGAGUCACGGAUCGCAGAGCCCGAUCGUCCACCCUGCCGAUGGACUGCGCCCUGCGCUCAGAUCGGAGUCUGCACCCUGUCCUCGUCCUAGUCUCUAGGGUCAGGCGUCAGUCCUGGCCGUGAAUGCAGCUUGUGCCAAACCCAUCCAUCUCAGUGUCAUGGGCCGUGCCAGCCCCUCUCAGCACGGCACAGGCAGGGUGCAGACCCUUAGUUAUGGAGCCAGCCCUCUUUCCACUCUUCUGUCAGAGUUUUGGGGAUACAAUCCUCGCCCAGCUCUUUGCUUCCUUGGUCCCCCUGAAAGGCAGGGCGAGCAAUCCCUUUUCUGAGCCUGGCUGGGUUGAGCCAGAGGCCGUGGGGGCCGAGUCUCGGUGGACGUGCCAAGGUGCCAGAGCAGCCGACCUCCAGCCGGACCAGGUUCAGCAAGGGCGGGGGCGGGCUGUAGGGUUGGUCGGCGCCCGGAGGUGUGCCGGGCCUCUGUGAGGGCCCUUUCUCUGUUUCCCCCUGUUGUCCCCAGCCUGGUCCCCUGGGGCUGUCGAACCUGCCGCGCUCAUUCUUAAACCUGCUCACAUGGGCCCAGGGGCCUGUAAUUCUCUGAGAGCCCGGGCAACCCCCUUUGGGUUGAUUGC